GUUUCAGAGCUUGUCGGGAGUUGUGAGUCACUCGUUGUAGGUUGUGUUGUAUGCCCAUGGGUGUUAUAGGUUCUGCCUCCGGCCAUGCCGUCCGUGUUUGAGGGUGUUAUCACCCUGUGUUGCAUGGUGUCCGGGUGUGGCUGAGUGUAGGUGUGUAUUACACGCUGCAGACCGUUGUGUAUGACAAAGCCCAUUGUGUGUUGGUGUGUGUCUUAAUCCAUGUGGACACACGCCUCUUCCUUGCUCUGCCCCAAGACACACCCAGCCCCUCCUUAGUCUGAGAAGGGGGGUUGGGGAGCCUCCCCUCUGCCCAGGGGCCUCCCCAGCACCUCCCCGCCCUGCCCAGCAGUCACCACCCCCCAGAGGGCACAGGCUCUGCUGUGCCUCAAAGCAAGAGUCCAGAGCGAGGGAGCAGAGCAGGCCGGGGACCUGCAAGCCAUAGUGGCUGCUCUUUGUGUGCUGCGAGGUGGGGGACUCUGGGCAGGAAGCUGGCUGAGCCCCAAGACCCCGGGGGCCAUGGGCGGGGAGCUGGUGCCGGGCCUGGGGGCCCUGCGGCGGAGAAAGCAUCUGCUGGAGCAGGAGAGGAGUCUGGCAGGCUGGGCACUGGCACUGGCAGGAAUCGGCAUCGGACUCAUGGUCCUGCACGCGGAGAUGCUAUGGUUCGGGGGGUGCCUGUGGGCGAUCCACCUGUUCCUGGUUAAAUGCAUGAUCAGCAUCUCCACGUUCUCGCUCCUUUCCCUUAUUGUGGCCUUUCACGCCAAAGAGGUCCAGCUGUUCAUGACGGACAACGGGCUCCGGGACUGGCGCGUGGCGCUGACCGGGCGGCAGGCGGCGCAGAUCGUGCUGGAGCUGGCUGUGUGCGCGCUGCACCCGGCGCCGGUGUGGCGCCCGCCGUGCGCGCAGAUCUCGGGGUCCCCGCAGACGGCGGUCACGCAGUCCUGGCCGAGCUUCCUGGGCCAGGCGGAGGCGCUGCUGUCGCUGGCCAUGCUGCUGCGCCUGUACCUGGUGCCCCGCGCCCUGCUCCUGCGCAGUGGCGUCCUGCUCAACGCCUCCUACCGCAGCAUCGGCGCGCUCAACCAGGUCCGCUUCCGCCACUGGUUCGUGGCCAAGCUGUACAUGAACACGCACCCCGGCCGCCUGCUGCUCUGCCUCACGCUUGGCCUCUGGCUCACCACCGCCUGGGUGCUGUCGGUGGCCGAGAGACAGACCGUUAAUGCCACCGGGCACCUUUCAGACACACUGUGGCUCAUCCCCAUCACAUUCCUGACCAUCGGCUACGGGGACGUGGUGCCGGGUACCACAUGGGGCAAGAUUGUCUGCCUCUGCACUGGGGUCAUGGGGGUCUGCUGCACAGCCCUGCUGGUGGCCGUGGUGGCCCGGAAGCUGGAGUUUAAUAAGGCAGAGAAGCACGUGCACAACUUCAUGAUGGAUAUUCAGUAUACCAAAGAGAUGAAGGAGUCGGCCGCCCGAGUGCUGCAAGAGUCCUGGAUGUUCUACAAACAUACACGCAGGAAGGACUCUGGAGCCGCCCGCAGGCACCAGCGCAGGCUGCUGGCCGCCAUCAACAGUUUCCGCCAGGUGCGGCUGAAACACAGAAAGCUCCGGGAAAAAGUGAACUCUAUGGUGGACAUCUCCAAGAUGCACAUGAUCCUCUGUGACCUGCAGCUGGGUCUGAGCACCUCACACCAGGCCCUGGAGAAGCAGAUUGAUGCGCUGGCAGGGAGGCUAGACACCCUGACCGAGCUGCUUAGCGCUGCCCUGGGUCCACGGCAGCUUCCAGAACCAAGCCAGGAGGCCACGUAGCUGGACCCAGCCAGGAAGAACCAGGCUACUUUCCCCAGGAUUGAGGUCAAGGACAUUCUCUCUGCUACUCCUAACCCAGCCCCAUGCAUAAAGCCAGUUAAGCGUAAGGACCGAGGGGGGCCACACCUUGGGGUGGGUUGACUCCCUGAUGGCUGCUGGCGGGGACACUAGCUGAAGGAGGGAGGCCGUGGCCCAUCCCCACCGAGGCCCCAAACGGGAAAAUGGUCACCCCUGUCCCACAUACCCUGUGCCUGGGGACUGGGACUCCUGAGUCCCAGAGGAGGGGAGCGGGGGCCCAGAGUCCAAGAUCCUGGACUGCAUCAGUUACCCGCUGACCAGCACAGAUGAAGGAACGAGGCCCGAGGCAGAAGGCAGAGCCCCCUGGCGGGAGAUCGAGGAGGACACCAAUUCUCCAGAGCUGCAGAGAAUUAUCUGGUGGGGGAGAAGGUGGGACCUGGGGGGAAGGGGGAAGCUCACCAGUCUCUGCUCUUAUACUUUGUAAUAAAUGUUAAACAAAGUCAGAAGAAGUUGCUGUUUCUUUCGAAACAUAUCCACACUCCAAACAGGCAGGUCAGCCAGUGGAACGCCCUUGCCCUGUCUGAACCUGUUUCCCCAUCUAUAACACAGAGGCCUCUAGGACGUAUCCUCCCGGGUCUGUAGGCUGGGGAGUCCUCAACUCCCACCUGGCCCCAGCCCAGAUCUGCGGCGAAGAGCAAGGGCUUUCAAUUCAGGCCCUGGAGCCCAGCCCCCCAGCCCCUCCUCCCUCAGACCGAGGAGUCCAGGCCCCCAGCCCUCCUCCCUCAGAUUUGGAUCAGGGUCCAAAUCCUGGCUCUGCCAACCACUGGCUGUGUGACUUUGGGCAAGUGGCUUCACCUCUGAACAUUUCACUUCACCUGUAAGAUAG